AUGAAAACUGCCUUUUGUUACCGAGUGUUUGAGGUCUUUGUUUUACAAUAUGGAGUUCUCGUGGGUGCCUAUUUAUUUUCCAAUGCUCUCAUAUCAGCCAAUCUCGAAUAUACUCGACAACAGGUAGACGCAACACAAGCUCGUGUGAAAAAUAGUGAAAAAACGAAAUUUAUUGCCAAUUUGAGUCAUGAAGCGAGAAAUCCACUGCAUUGCAUUAUGGGAAGUUUACAAAUUUUGAAUCAUCAUUUUGAGGGUGAGACAUGUAGUGGUGCCUGUAAACACUGUUUCUUUAACAAUUCUGCCAUUAGUGAAAUCAUUGGAGAUAUUAAUGAAAAUGCAUCUCUUCUUCUUCAUAUUCUUUCAUCGUCGUUACAAAUGAGUUCUCUCGAGAUGGGAAAGAUCAAACCUAAGAGUGAAGUCUUUAAUUUGAAGUUCUUGUUGGACUCUCUGGUGGGUGUCUUUGCUCAAUUGGCUCAUGAGAAAAACAUUUCUCUUCAUUCGUUUUUUAAUGUGGCACAAGUUCCUCAAUUUUUCAAAGGUGACUCUGUACGAUUGAUUCAAGUCAUUAUGAACAUUAUUUCCAAUGCAGUGAAAUAUACCAAACAUGGUUAUGUGCGAGUGAAUUGUAAUUUAGCAAACGAACAAGAUUUGAAAGAUUUUUAUGAGAGAGAAGAGAACAUUUUUAACAUGUGUCAAGGCUUGUCGAAUUCAACAAGUUCACCAUUCACAUUUGUCAAACUAGAGUUUAUUGACACAGGCUGUGGAAUUUCACCACAAGAAAUUGACAAUUUGUUCCAACCUUAUCGAAUUGUUGAACAAAAAAGUGAUGAUCAUAUUUCACUUGGAUUUGAACAAUAUCUCAAACAAUCAGAAAAUAUGAAAUUCAACGAUGGAGGAAGUAGUCUCAUUCUCAACACGAGUAGAAAUGGACUUGGUUUGUGCAUUGCCAAGUUAUUGAUUGACAAGAUGAAUGGAAAAAUUCAUGUCGAAAGUGCUCUAAAUGUUGGAACCAAAGUCACCAUUAUUUUACCUUUACAAAACACCACCAAUGACAUGUCAGAAGCCAUUUCAGAGAUUCUUCAAGGAGAAGGUGUCGAAUUUAAUGCCAUCAUUAUUGAUCGAGAUGAAUGCUUUAGGAAUGUAUUGUCCGAUUACCUUUUAUUAUUCAAACAUCUUAAAAAGUUGGAAACUUUUUCAAGUUUGGAAGAAAUGUCCAUCCUGUCACUUUCAUCCUCAAAUUUGAAAACAAUCAUCUUUUGUUCGGAAGAACAUUUUAAGGUACUCUUGAAUGAGAAGGCAACCAUACUUGGACAUCAAGACAAUGUCAUUCUUGUGCCCACCACCUUUCGAGGAGCAGAACGAGAAUUCUUUGACAUCAAAUACCUUGCAAAACCUGUUCGAUCCAGUGAAUUGGUGGAAUUUAUGAGUUUUGUGUCGACCAACACACAACGACCAAAUGCAGAGGUGUUGUCAAAUACUUCGAAUGCAGUGUCCGAUUCCUGUUCGUCCUCAUCGUCGUCGUCGUCACAUUUUGCUGCACCAACGAAGAACAAUGAAAACGGAGAAGAAUCCUCUCUGGUGGCUGCAAACAAAAGUUCCGAAACAACAACCACGACAUCGACAUCGACCACAAGCUAUUUUGACUUUAGCAAAUUCUCAGUGUUGUUGGCGGAUGAUAAUGCAGUGAAUCGAAAAGUAUUGAUGAAAAUGUUGCAAAUCAUUGGAUUCAAAGAUAUUGACACUUCCAAUGAUGGAAUGGAAUGUUUUGAAAAGUUCAAACAAAAAGCAUAUCAACUCGUCUUGUUGGAUUGUUACAUGCCCAUUCUGAGUGGACGAGAAGCGUGUGAAAUGAUUCGAAAUUUAGAGAAACAAACUCACACGCGAGUUCCAAUCAUUGCAGUCACUGCCAACAACUUUGAAAGUGAACAAGUGCUCAAAUCGAAUGGUUUCGAUCAUGUCAUUUACAAACCCUUUGUGGUGGAUUAUUUGAAACAAGUGUUUACCAACAUUUUAGAUUACUAUUCACAACAUUAUUUUCAUCAUCCUCCUCAUGUCAAUAACCACACCACCACCAGCACCUCUACCACGACAGCUGCUCAUGUCCAUUCUCCUCCUCCUCCUCAUUAUCCACAACAACCUCACAACCAAAAUCAGUGA